UCCAAUUCUACAUAAUCUUGAAAAUGCAGACAGCUAAGGACAUCGCAGCUUCGGCCAAGGCCGGCAUGGAGAAAACCAAGGCCUCACUCCAAGAAAAGGGUGAGAGGAUGACGGCGCACGAUCCGUUGCAGAAGGAGAUGGCGACGGAGAAGAAGGAGGCGAAGAUCCAUGAGGCUGAGCGCCGGAAGCACGAGGAGCGUCGCCACAACGCGGCCGUGGCUGAUCAUGGUGUCCACACUGGAGUGUUGGGCGGCCAUGAUCAGCAUGUGCCCGGUGGGCACAAGCAUACGACUGGGACCGGCGGCACCUACUAGUGUCCGUGUUUUGUAAUUUCCAAAAAUAAAAAUCUUUUUUUUUUUGUUAAAUUUCACUCUUUUGAUUGUGUUGUAAUGUAAUCUGGUUUCAUUUGGCA